AUGUAUUCGCAUUCAAAUUACCAUGGUACGAUCGGUCCGCCUGCACCAAGCUCCAACGAUCUCCAAGACCAGAUUUGGAAGCUCCAAGAGGAAUCCCGCGGCUAUUUGGCACGUAUUGAUAACCCGGAGGCGAGGAUAGUUGAAGAUAGGCAGUAUGCGCUUGAGUUGGAAAGGGUUCUGAAUGGAAUGUUUAGUGGGUGGACGAUGAAUCCGACGGGGGAUCAGGCGGGGAAUCAGACGGGGACUGGGUCGUGGAACCAAGGAGGAGGUUGGCCAAAGGCCCUGGGGCAAGUCUUGGGGAGAUUGAGCCGAUGUGAGGCUUAA